AUGGAGGAGCCUUCGGGCGAGGAGGAGGACCAGGAUGGCCUCUCCGUGCAGUCGGCAGGCCAGGCACCACCGUCUUCGGCGUCGUCUCUUCCCAAGGUGUUCUUACGAACCUUCUUAAGAUCUGGCAAUCUCCACUUUGAAUUUCCUUGUCUUUCACAUGGUUUUUUAUGUUUUUAAAAAAUUUCGGCCUGUAGUUUAUUCUUCGGAAUUUUCUCAGCAGGAGAACUCUCAGGUCGAACUGGAGUUGAGGGUGUUGGAAGCGCUUGAAAUAUACCCUCCCUUUAAAUUGCAAGGUCUGUUCCCGUUAAUCCUUUCCAUGAUCAUGCCCCCUUCUGGCUUUCGCGUCGAUGAUUUCGUUCUAUACAACGCUGGAUAUUUCCACUCAUGUUUUAGGCUCUAAUUAUUUGAAUGACUAAGGGAUUUAAUUUGGGGCGCGAUCACAAUAAGGCAAGAUUGAAUCUAUCCAUGAAUUAUACACGUUCAAGCAUCAUCAGCAGAGCCCUUGAGGUCUUGAUGUGCUCUGCUAUGGCCCAGGAUUCUAAGAAAAUUAAGAUCCUCAAAAAUGAAGACUGAUAAGAAAUAGAAGAAACAAUUAUUUUAUGAGUUUGAUCGUUUGAUUUCUAAUCUUUGCGAAGCGGGAAAUUUUUUUGGCUCCCAAAUUAUAAACCACUGUUGGAAUUAGCAAAUCAAAUCAAAUCUUGGAACCUGUGAAGAAUGCUUGAAGCUCUGAUUCACUUAGAUGAAUUCUAGACCCCAUAUAUGCGGUAUUGCGUGUUUAACUGUAGUUGCAUGCAAAGUCUAAGCUGUUAACAUGGUCUCCAUAGCAUUAUUGAAUUUUUUACCCAAAAUUUACAUAGAGGUAAAGUGGUGGAGCUAUAGAGGCUGUACUUAUGUUGAAUAUCCCACCAGUAGAUUAUCUGCAUUGGUUUUGUGUGUAUGAAAUAAAAUCUUAUGAUUAGUUUUCUAUUUCUUACUCGAACAUUUGGGGUUUUCUAUAUCCACAAAAAAAUGCGUUCCUCACUCUAUUCUUUGCUGAUUCACUCUCUCAUAUUUUUCAUUUUUCUACAUUUCAAACUUUUUUUUUACAGGUAUUCAUCGCCACUUUGUUCUCUAUGGGCUAUUGGAGUUUUUGCAGAAGAGGUUUGUUCCCUUUGACCGGUCUGCUGAUCAAUGUGUGGAUUAUCAUAAACAAUAGUCCAGGGUCCAUGCACAUUUUCACGUUAUUUUUUGCACUUUUUUGAUGCAGCUUUGAUCGACAAUUUACAUCAGAUGAGGUUUUACAGUUACUAGACCGCUUCUUCAAUUUAGAAAUGCUGGUAAUUUGAGAAGACCAUUUUCAACCUCUCUUUUCCACGUGCCCAUUGUUUUCGUCUUUGCUGUUAGAAUCUUACACGUGUAGUGGAUACCUUUUCUGUGACGUGAUGUGAUGUCAGGCAACACUAAUUGGAUAUUUAAUGUCUGGUUAUCGAUAAUCUAAAUAGGAGAUUUGCACGAGGACUUAGUUCUUACACGUAAUGGGGCUCUUAUUUUUUAUGGAUAAUCAUUUAUUUCUCCUGUCUUGUUAUUUCAUUUAUUUUUGGGGAUUAUCAUUGAUUACGGAACUUCACAUGUCGCUGAGGGAGGAGGACGUUUAACAUCCUUGUCUUUCUGGGUUUUGGCAAGAAAACCUAUUCAGAAGAUUGAUGUUGGCGCUUGAUAGCUCGUGUUGUGAACCAAAUGAAUCCUUACAGGAAUGAUGAAUAGGAGCGCUCAAAUGCAACCAUAGAUUACUUUAGAAAUGUAGUGGUCCACACCCAACAAAAAUAUUAACAUAGGCCAACCCCUCCAACUCCCUCCCCCCAGAUUAGUCCCCCCAUUGCUUGUAUAUAUCUACCAGAUUUGGCAAGCAUUCCCCCGCCAUUAAAAGUGAAGGUAUUACUCGAGUCUGCAAGUUUAUAGGAUAAAUCUUUGUUUUUGAACGAAUUAACCACUUAGUUUUCCUCGUAUUUCUACUGUUAGUCCGACCUUGUACUCACGAGACUGAAUCGCAGAGGCUUGAUGCAGGUUUAUUAGUCUUUUGAAUUGAUUCCGUCCUGAUAUUGACUUGCCCUUGCCUUGCCUUGCCUUGCCUUGCCUUGCCUUGCCUUGCCUUUUAUCGUAAAACCAGAGGCCUGAUGAAGAGGAGACAGAGCCUCUGGACCACGGAGAAGAAUUUUCCCUACCACAGAGCUUUUUCAUCAAAGAAGAACCCUAA